GUGUGUACUGCGCACAAUGCUCCCAACUACAAUCGGCACCUACUCGUCUUGUCUCAGUCUCCGCAGACUCCCCGGUAUUCAUUUCAAAUCCCCCAAACUUUCCAAUUCCGUUGAUCUGAAUCGGUAGCCCUUGAUUGCCCAUAAUUCCUCAAAUCGGACGGCCUCGAUGUUGAAGAACAAAAUCAAUACAGUGCGGUGCCACUCCGCACUAUCACAACAACUCUCUCACCAUUGAAGGAGCAGUUCAACCUCGAUCAACAAUCAAACCCAUCUCAAAUCUGUAACCACAUUCAUCCCUCAAUCGAUGGAAUCGGAAGAUAGGUAUGUAGAAAUUGACUCUUUAGAGAGAGGUUUGCUAUCGGAAAACAGUUCGCAAAACGAAGAAGAUGAGGAGGUUAUUUACUCGGCGUCUUUUGAAGAGACGGAAGAGAAGUUUGUCAAGUAUCAAACGGCUCAAUGGGUGCUUUACUCGUUGUUGUUGAUUUUGGCUUGGGGGAUUGGUUUGUUCAUGUUGAUUUAUAUUCCUGUUCGGAGAUAUAUUCUGCGUAAAGACAUUCGUUCAAGGAAGCUCUUUAUCACCCAGAAUGCUAUUGUAUACAAAGUCGUAAGGCCGGUUCCAUUUCCAUGCUUUGGGGUUUUGAAAAAAGAGAAGUAUGUUCUGUUGCCUUCAGUUGCUGAUGUUGUAAUUGAACAAGGAUACCUGCAGUCCCUUUUUGGUGUAUACUCAAUCAGGAUUGAGAAUGUUGGUGUAAGAAGGCCUCCGAGUGAUGAUGUUCAAAUCCAAGGUGUUUCAAAUCCUGUUGCUUUCAGGAAGGCUGUUUUAACACGCCUUGCAAACAUGAGAAGUGAGGCUUUCUCUAGGCAAGUUUCUGCAAUUGAUGAUGUUCCAAAUUUGAGGAUUGGCCAUUCAGCUGCAGCUUGGAUGUCUCCAUCAAAAUCUCUCAGGCAUGAUUCUUUUCCUCAUUCAGGGGAGCUAAUACUACUACAAAAACUAGAGGAGGUUGGCAGUUCUGUGAAGAGGGUUCAAACUUUAAUUGAGGAGCAACACUGUCGAACAUCAGGUCCUACAGACUAAGGAUAUAAAGCAAAGGGAUGAUGUGCGAUGAGCAUUUUUUCGGUGGCAUUUGUGAACCAACAAAUAUUUGGAUAUUCUGUCUGAGCUGCCCUUAAGCAAGAGUUUUUGAACUUGCAUAGGUCCCCAUCCUCGAGUUCAAGUGAGUACACUUUGUUUUUAGUCUUGACCUGUAUUGGAGGUUUAUUGGUCAACUCCAAUAGGUCUGUUGUAUUAGCCUAUGUUGAUGAUCCCCUUUUGUGGCAUGUGUUUGUGUUUUCCUUUUCCUUUUCCUUUUCCUGUUUCCCCAAUCUUUAAGUGGGCUCUUCUUUUUUUUUUCGUAACGAUUUUUUGUGAAAAUUAUUAUUGAGUUUGUAAUUUUUCCAGAUACCAUUUUCCGGUAGGGUAUUUGUUGAUUGAUUUGAAGUUUUGGUUCCUACCCA